CUGGAGCAAAAUGUCAGACGACAAAUAUUCUACUCCGGACAUCUCACACUUACGACAAGGAGACUUUGAGCACGUGUAUGAACCGGCAGAAGAUACAUUUCUGUUCCUUGAUGCACUGGUUAAAGAGCACGACUACAUCAAAGAAACAAAACCAGCUUGCUGCCUGGAGAUAGGAUGCGGGUCAGGAGUAUGUAUAACCUUUCUGGCGAAAAUGUUGGGACCCACCGCUGCCAUGUAUUGGUAGGUCACAACCAAAAGAUAGUCCGAAAGAUUCUGACUACAAGGUGUACAGACAUCAACCCAUUGGCUGCACAGGCAGCAGAGAAGACAGCUCAACAGAAUGGUGUCACUGUUCAGCCAGUUCUCACAGAUUUGGUUGGCUGCCUGAGACCCCGACUUAAAAACCAGGUGGAUGUAUUACUAUUCAAUCCUCCAUAUGUUGUUACACCCUCAGAUGAAGUAGGUAGUAGUGGUAUAGAAGCUUCAUGGGCAGGAGGUUGUCAUGGUCGAGAGGUGAUGGACAGACUCUUCCCACAAAUUCCUGACAUUCUUUCACCUCAGGGAAUCCUUUACCUCGUCAUUAUUAAGGAAAACAAGGCAGAGGAAAUAGAGGAUAUAAUGAAAGGAUAUGGUUAUAAGAUGUGGACAGUUUUAUCGAGAAGAUCGGGGCCAGAAUUCCUCUCUAUUUUAAAGUUUACCAGAUGACAUGUUACCACCCAUGACAAAAAAAUUCAUCCUUUGUGUGACCAACAACUAUGCAAGGUCAGAGGAGAAAGAAACAAUACAGUGAUGUCAGAGGAACAAUGAAAUGACAUCAUUAUCAGCUUUGGACGGGGGAGAUUGUGAAACAGGAGAUAAAACAGAACAGACAGAUAGAUGCCACAAUGUCAUUAGCCUACUACCUAGUCUUUUGGACGGAAUGGACCAGGUGAAACACUAUGUACCAAUUGUACCAGAAUACAAACAUGGAUGAUGUGACCUUGAAUAUAGGUCAAGGUCAUUUAUUUUGGCAAACUUUUUCAGGUGUCAUACCAGUAAUCAAAUAGCUGAAUAAAGAAUUAAUUCAGCAAA